UGAAUGGUCACUUUAGGAAGGUGACAGUGUGGGGCAGAAAGGACAGCAUCGUCUACCCUCACUCGCCUCGGAGCUGGCGGUGGACCACAAUGCAACAAGUUUUGGAAUAUGCAUUGGAUCGAGCUGAGUACAUUGUGGAAAGUGCUCGACAACGACCAGCCAAAAGAAGAAUUUCAUCCGGCGGGAGGAAGAGUUUGUAUCAGAAGCUCUAUGAGCUGUACAUAGAGGAAUGUGAGAAAGAGCCAGAGUUAAAGAAUUUGAGGAGAAAUGUGAAUUUACUGGAGAAGCUGGUGUCUCAGGAGUCCGUAUCAUGUCUGGUGGUCAACUUGUACCCUGGGAAUGAAGGCUAUUCUUUAAUGCUCAGGGGCAAAAAUGGAUCCGAUUCUGAAACAAUCCGUCUGCCAUAUGAAGAAGGAGAACUCCUGGAAUUCCUAGAUGCGGAGGAAUUGCCUCCUAUUCUGGUGGAUCUGUUGGAGAAAUCACAGGUGAACAUCUUCCAUUGUGGCUGUGUAAUAGUAGAGGUGAGAGACUACAGACAGUCUGGUAAUACCAAGAUGCCCACCUAUCAGAGCAGACACAUCCUGCUGCGGCCAACUAUGCAGACUCUGAUCUGUGAUGUCCAUGCCAUGACCAGUGACCACCACAAGUGGACACAGGAUGACAAAUUACAGCUGGAGAGUCAGUUGAUUUUGGCCACAGCUGAACCUCUGUGCCUGGACCCCUCAAUAUCUGUCGCCUGCACAGCCAACCGCCUGCUCUACAACAAACAGAAAAUGAACACCCGCUCCAUGAAACGGUGUUUCAAGAGGCACUCUCGAGCUGCCCUGAACAGGCAGCAGGAGCUUUCCCACCUGCCACCACAGCUACGACUCUACGACUACCUGCAGAGGAGGAAAGAGAGGAAACCUGCUCCUGCCGCAGACCUUAAGAUCUCAAAGAUCGGAAACUGUGUUGACAUGUGGAAGCAGAGCAACUGCCAACUAACUGUACCGAAGGAAAUUGAUGUGGAAAAGUAUGCUGUGGUGGAGAGAUCUCUGCAGUUGGAGGACUCUCAGCCCACUACUGUGAUCUGGCCUGCUGAGGAAGUUGUAGAUGACUACACAUUUGAGUGUGAAGUUGGAGGCCAACCCCAGAUGACCAAGGUGUCUAUCUUCCAGUCGAUGGGAGACCCUCUGGUGUAUGGGAAGAUCUACUGUGCUAAAGAACCAAAAGCCGAAGAGGACAGCUCAGAUCUAAAGCUCAUACAUUCCCCCUUCCUCAUAGGCUCCAAGAUAGAUGCAGAUCGGUUUCUUACUCAGUACAAAGGAGUGUAUGAGAGUGAUGUGAAGUGUGAGGUCAAGAUGUCCCAUAACUCAGGCAGCGUGGGACAGGGGCCUCUCUCCCCCAGCAAAGAUGAAAGUGAUGGUAUUUCUCCACUAGUCCAGACGUCUGUUCUGGGAAAAGGGGUGAAGCACCGACCCCCUCCCAUCAAACUGCCUUCUGGAUCAGGCAGCGGCUCCUCAGGUAAUCCAUAUAGUUCACAAACCACCAGUGGUCUACUCAAGUGUCCUACGCCCCCUCCAGCCAAAAGCCAGUCUCUGAACAGGAAGCACUCCAUGGAGCUGAGCCAGGUGGGCCUGCUGUCACCCGCCUCCCUCUCCCCCAUGGGCUCCACACAGAGAUCGGGGACCCCCAAGCCAUCCACCCCCACACCCACCAACACGCCGUGCUCGACACCGCACCCCACCGACUCCCUCUCUGCUCCUCUCUCGUUGACCCCUACCCCUUCAGACCCUCCCAUGCUUCAGAGCCAGACGCAGCCCGCCCUCCUCACGCCCUUCGCCCAACAGCAACUAGCUCUAAGCCAACCGCUGCCCGUCAUGACCAUUCCCCUGCCCACCAUGGGUACGUCCAUCACCACGGGAACCACCUCGCCGCAGGUCAUGGCCAACCCGGCGGGGCUCAAUUUCAUCAACGUGGUCAGCUCCGUUUGCAGUCCUCAGACCUUGAUGAGUGGCUCCAACCCCAUGCUGGGUCCCGGCCUUAACUUGAGUGGAAUCCUUCCACCCGGAGGACUGAUGCCCACCAUGCAGUCCGCAGCACAGGCCGGGAGUCCAUUUGGCCUGAACAGCAGCACUGGGUUGAGACCACUGAACCUACUGCAGAUCCCCACUGGUCCUCUCAUCUUUAACUCUCUGCAGCAGCAGCAGCUGUCUCAGUUCUCCCCACAGCAGAGUCAGUCGGCCACCUCCAGCCCUCAACAGCAGGGGGAGACGGGGGACCAGGGGUCAGAUCAAAGUUUAGGAAACCAGCAAACAGCGGUCAUCAACCUGGGAGUGGGAGGCUUCAUGUCUUCACAGGCAGCAGUGCUGUCCCAGUUGGGCUGUGGGCUGGACGGGUCUGGGCCCCCGCUGCCUUCUCCAAGGCUUCAGCAGCAGCACCAGCCACAGAUCCAAUUGCAAUUCUUGCGUCACCAAAUGCAGCAGCAGCAAAUGGCUAUGGGAGCAGCGGCUCCUCAGGUGGGAGCACCACGGCAACAUACCGCCAGCCAACCAAGAAGUAAGAGGAAGAGGAGCAUGCCACAGCCCCUCCCGAAGUCAUGACAGACU